GAUUAUUUAUUUAUAUUCGCGCAUGUUAUAUGUAAUUGUAAUAGCAAAAGCCGUAAUCGUAAUGAGUUGAUUGUUUUUUAAUGUUAUUGGAUUGAAACGCGUGCGUGCAAUGUAAAUUAGUGUUGUGUUUGUCUUUAGGUUCAAGUACAUUCAAUUUUUUUUUGAUGUGAAUGUUUGUUGUGUUCUGAAUUCCUCAAUUGCAAUUGCCAAAUUAAUUAAGCAAGGAAAUAAACGACGCACACGGAAAAUCCGCGACGUCAAAGGCCUCAAUAUGGAGCCCACAACUGCCGGCAAUCUCUUAGAGAUUAUCGAUCUGGCGCGGACCCUGCGCCAGGAGCAGUUAUUCAUACAGCAAGAGCAGGCAGCGUUUGCGCAGCUUAACGACGCGCUUGAGACAAAUGCUACGGAAAUAACGAAGCUGGCCUAUAUCUGUGCCCAACAAAGGCAGAAUCUGCAUGAUCUGCUGCUGUCACGUACGGAUCACGAUCCGCUCUUGUGCUGUAGGCGCGCCAACGGAUAUGACAGUGUGCAGUUUAUCGAUGCCAAAAAGGCAAUGCUUUAUGAGCAUGCCCUGGCCUACGAGGAUCUGUUCAAUUAUCUAUAUAAUGCACCAUAUUUGCUGGCUCUCUCACUGGCGACAGCAGAUCGUUUGUCCCUGGUCGGACAACAGCAGUUAUGCCAUGUGAUUAAUACCAUUACGACGGGACUGUACGGCAAUGCCAUCAACACCAAGGAUGUGGAGUUGCUCCUAAAGCUGUUGCGUGAAUUAAUCGAGAUCCAGUUGGUGGGUAGUGAGAAUCCUCGUCGCUUACUGCGUGCGAAUUCGAGCGCCUUUGCACGUCUCUAUCAGCGUUUGGUGGAGUCGAUGUUUUCCGCAAAGAUCUUUCUAACUGCCGCCCUGCAUGCGCCUCUGAUGUGUGUGCUGAGUGAGCAUGAGACGCUGUUAGAUCUCGAUCCACACAAGUUGGUUCAGAGUUUUAGCGCAAGAGAGCGACAACGACGAUUCGGAGCCGAGGAAUCAAGUGCCGAAUAUCAGAGGAAUGUGGCGCGUUUUCAUAGCGAAACCUUGGCCAAGUUGCAUGCUCAUGCAAAGGCAUUUGUGGCGAGUCUGCAACAGAACUGGUCGCUGUUCCCCUCAUCCCUUCGUUGGUUAAUGCAGACGCUCUGCCAUCAAUUGAAGCAGGCGCAUCGUUACAGCGAACGUCAGAUUUCGGAACUCAUUGCGGAUAUGGUUUUCACGCAUUUCAUUUGCCCCGCAAUCGUAAGUCCGGACUUUAUGGGCAUUAUUGAUGCGCCGGUGACGGAACAAAUGCGCCACAAUCUCAACCAGAUAGUACAGCUCAUUCAGACACUGGCACAAGGUGGUGGCGUUGGUGGUGGCUCGGGAGUUGCCGCAGUUGGAACAGUUGGAGAAUCAAAUGCGGUGGCACAGCUGAUUGAUUUGCUAUUGGUUGGGCAGACCGGUGAGGAUGUGGUGGCCAUACUUUCGCAGCAAAGUGAUUUUGAGCGCGCCCAGCUGGUAACCACACAACGGGAGCUUCAGCACUUUUCUCAAUUCUUUCGACUACUAACAGCCCGUGAUGAGUACGAUAUAUCAGCUGAGGAGCGUCAGCGAUUGCAACGCAUACUGGCACGAAUUCCACAACCCGUAGAGGCACCACCGAGCACACCCGUGAUUAGCGGUGGAAGCAGCGAGAAAAACACACCCAAUGGCAAGCGGGCCAACAAGGGUCUAAUGCGUCUGGGUAAGGCCACCAAGAAGAAGCUGGCCAUGAGCAUGAGUUUUAACACCGGCAGUGGGAGUGGCCAUCAGCCCGUUGAGCCACAAGUCAAUGGAAAUGGUAACGGUGGUUCCCCCCCUUUGACCAAUGGACGCGAUUUGGAGCAAUCAUCUGCGCACAGUGCGAGUAACUCCAGCCUCAGUUCCUGUGAUGAUGGUGGCCCAGGCGGUGCCACACUUGCCUUCGAUAACCAAGCCCUCGAUGAGCCCGUACUAAUGUUUACAAUUUAUAAUGCAGCAGCCAAGAACAAAGUGAAACCACUGACCGAAGAAGAGGUCCUCAAAAUGAACUGCAUUGGCCAAGAAAUCUCAAAUGAGGCAGCCGCGGCCUUGCUGGCCCACACCAAUGACAAAUCCUCAACCGAGGCCAAUGGCUGCUACGAUGAUGUGAGCAGCAUUGAUGCACUGCAUCGACCCAAGAAUUCGCUCUCACAUGACGACGCGUCCAUCGGUAACUCAGACAAUCUGGAGGCGGUGAGCGAAGCGGCGCAUUCGAAUCAUUCGGUGACAAGUUCCCUGGAUCUUGAGGAACAGGAGGAACGUGAUGUGCAUGAUGCUGAGAACGAUGACAAUUUGUCGGAUAUGGUGUCCGCUAAUGUGUCAGGUCGGGGUACGCCCAAUAUAAGCGGUCGCGAUACGCCCUCGUCGCAGGUUACCGAUGGGGAUGGCGGUGGUGAUUUGGUCCAUCAUACGCCUAGGCCUACGCCACAAAUGCAAAAGAUGUUGCUGUCGAAGGCGCGUUCAGACAUCGAGGACAAGUUUUGCAAAUUCGAACUAAAAAAAUUCGAGGGCGAUGAGAAUGUGUCGAUCAUUUCGGACACCUGGUCGACGGAUGUGCUGGCCAGUGAUUCGGAGACAACGCUGGAUGCGGCCAGUGAGCGAGAACGGGAUCGCAACUUUUCCACGCCGCUUAUUCCAUCGGCGGUUGUGUUGCCGGGAGAUCAGAAUUUUGUUGUAGAGGCGUUAGCCCGCGGAGCUGGUGGUGCUGUGGUGCCGUCCGGCAGCGGUGUGCGUUCAUAUCAGCUUGAUGCAUCAGAUCAGCGGUCAGAGUCCAAUUGGAGCACAGAUGUGCUGGCCAGCGAUUCAGAGAAACUAGCCGAGAUCGAUACGGACGAUAACGUGAGUAUUACGGCGAAGUCGGAUAUUACAGAUGCUGGUGUACGCUCCGAAACGGAACGCGAUGCACUGGCGGCGGCGGUUAUUGCCGGUGGCGCCGGUGGUGCACCCGCCAACGAUGGCGAGCAUACACCAGGCAGCAGUGGCGACAAUGCUAGCGAGCGCUCAAAAGAAGAUUCCGCCUUCUUCGAUGCAGUCAAUUCGUACGACGAUGCAGGCGGUGGUGCGGGUGGUAGUUCUGUUCACUACCAGGGACCCUCAUCUUUGGCACGCAGCUCUGUACGCACUAGCUACCAUGCUUUGGGUGGUGACAGCAGCUUCCAGCAAUACUAUAAAUGCAGUGGUGCCGAGGGCGGAAGUCGCAAGACUACACCCUUCAUGGGUACAGCCUGCAUGCGACGCCAGACGUCGGCGGAGAGCAGUAUUUCAAACCAGAGCCUCAACUUGGAGGAUGCAGGCAAGCCACCACCAAAGCACCACCAUCAUCAUCACCAUCAUCACAAGUCGGUCAUGAAAAAGAAGAAACAUGGAAGCAACGCCAAGCCGGACAGCAGCGACCAUCGCGAUCUCAUUGACUUCAGUGACUGCAGCGAGGAUAAGCCGUUGCGUUGCCGCUCCCCAGGUCUGGUGCAACAGCUAAUGGAUUUGUAUGCAGAGGAGCAGCACCUGGGCACAAAAUCGGAGAGCGUUGAACACCGCCGGCUCUCAAUGGAACAACGCACGGCUAUUGUUGAUGGCCGACGUAAUGGAAUAAUGGCAAUGCGCCAUAACGGUCAGCAAGCAGAAACAGAUGAAUCCGCUGUUAAUAGACUAGUGCCAGGCUUGCGACGCCAUCAGAGUCUCAACUAUGAGAACCAUGAGAUAGUAAUUGGCACGAUUGCAGCACCGGCCCAACCGCCAGCGCCACAAACCGACGACGAUAAGCAACAGGAGCUGUUGUUGUGCGCUAAGACCCAGAAACUGCAACUCGAUGGGCAGACCGGAACAGACUCCACUUCCUCCGCAGCGGCAACAGUGGCUAAGCCAACAAAAGCAACGGGUGCCAUACCAAAGAGCAUAAGCUUCGAUGCCACGGCGGACAAACAGCCGGCCUUAGCACUGGGUCUAUCCCCAUCUGCAGCCAUGACGCGCAAUAAACGCGAGCGCACACCAUCCUCAGCUUCCCAUGGUGGUGCUGGCGAUGGCAUAUUCAAUAAGCUGAAGCAGGGCAUCUUCAAGCAUCGGCGCUCCAACAAAACUGCAGCCCAGCGCCUGACUCUCGAGGACUAUGGUGGUGCCGGCAGUUCCAGUGGCAUGCGCAGUGUCUCCUUCGUUCCGAAUGCCGCAUCCGUCAGCUUCGGUAGCGACGCCGUUUUCUGUGAUAACAGCGAAGAUAUCCUGGCCAAAUACAGACGCAAGGUGAGCACCUCAAGCGAGGCUACCAACUCGGACUCAACCGGUAAUAGCGCGGGCGCGUUACUAGCCUCAUGUCAUCGCCAGCACAUUGAUGGUGUCGUUGAUGGCGGCAAGCUGCCUAUGGCCAAUGCCUGUGUAGCCUUCAACAGCGUCAAGCAAAAGAUACGCACGGUUCUAUCCAAGACUGAUCUGCAUAGUGGAGACUUUCGGCAAACCACGUACGUCAAUGCCUCACCAUUGAAGACGUAUUUGCAAAUACAAUUGGCACAGUCCAUCAAUCUGCAGAAUGUGCCGCAAAUUUCUCAUGUGGCCGAGGCGUUGCGCUGCAUGGCCCAACUGGAUAGAAAACAGCACUUGCAACUACUACAGGAACUACAACAUGACAUUCAGCGGCGUCAGCAUUAUCUUCAAUAUCUGAUGCGCUACCGACAGAAUCUAUUGCUCAUUGCCGAGCAUCUGGAACAGUUUGAGGUGCGGCUGCGUGGAGAGGCCCAAACAUGCCAUCGCUAUCAUAUGCAGGUCUUUGUCAGAAUCUAUCUGACGCGACAUCAAGCCAAAAUCGAUGCCUUCGAAACGGACUUUGCUCAGCUAACCGCCUCCGAUGACAAAAUCGAGCUGAUCGAAGAGUUCAUCGAGGGUCUCUUGGAGGAGUUGCAAAGCGGUUGCGGUCAAUUGAAUGGCAUGACCGAUUGGCAGAGCGCCUCCGUGCGAGCAGCCAUUGAACGUUUUCUGCUGGAGCAUGUUUACCAGCAGGUCAUGUUUCCCAAUGAGGAUGCCGACCUAUCGCGUGAUACUGUACUUUCGGCCCACAUCGGCAAGUUGCAACGCAUCAUCCAUCCGGCUCAUCCGGCAUUACGCAUUGCGCAGGAGUUUCUGGGAGAGGCACCCUGGACCUUUGCCCAGCAGCAGCUCUCAUACAUAGCUGCCUACAAGACUCCGCGUGAAAAGCUCCAGUGUGUGAUUAAUUGUAUCUCGAGCAUUAUGAGUCUACUGAGGAUGUCGAGCAGUCGUGUUCCCGCCGCUGACGAUGUACUGCCCGUGCUCAUUUAUGUGGUCAUUAUGGCCAAUCCGCCUUACUUGCUGUCCACCGUCGAAUAUAUUACCUGUUUUCUGGGCAAAAAACUUGUCGGCGAGGAUGAGUUCUAUUGGACGCUCUUUGGCUCUGUGGUGAAGUUCAUCAAGACUAUGGAUUAUCUGGAUUAGUUAUGUUUGCGUAUUUAGGCUUGGCGAGCUCUAAGCUAAACAAACUCCGGGUCUUAAAUACAAUACACUACUUUGGAGCACCCUUGAAUUUCUCUAACAGAAAUGUCCAAUUUAGGAUACAAUUUGAUUGAGGAGUUCAGUUGUGAUUUUUGUAAGCUGAACAUGGCAAGCGAUCGCUGCUGACGCUAAAUAUUGAUAUUCAUUUGAAACUACACAUAUAUUUAUAUAUAUACUUACGUGCAUACAAACAUACAUAUACAUAUAGAUGCUAGCAUCGUACAUACAAUUCUUAUGUAAAAAUUGUUAUUAAAAAUAUGUCAAGUUGAAAUUAAAACACUACCUUCCCCCCUUCUUUCCAUACUCGGUAACUACUUUCGAAGCCUAAAAAUAUACACAUAAUAAAUCUUAUUUAGAAUAUAGCCUAAAUACACACACACCCACAUAUGUAUAUGUACCUAAAUAUUUAUAUAUAAGCAUGUACUAAAAAACGAAAGAACAGAUGAAAACCAACUAAAUAUUCCUUAUUGUGUAACACA